ACUCACUUCAACCCCAAUGGAUUCACUUUCUUCUACUUAUUACGUGGCUGCAUGGCUAGCCACAAUGGCUCUCCUCCUAUCUCUCCGUCUCCGCCGCCUCCGCCACCUCAACCGCCCUCCCGGCCCUAAACCCUGGCCAAUAAUCGGAAACCUCCACCUCAUCAGCCACCUCCCUCACCGUUCCAUCCACAAUCUCUCCCAAAAAUACGGCGAAAUCAUGCAACUCAAAUUCGGUUCCCACAACGUCGUCAUAGGAUCCUCGGUUGAAAUGGCCAAGGCCUUCCUCAAGACACAAGAUGUCAACUUCGCAUGCCGGCCAAAAACCGCGGCCGGUAAAUACACAACUUACAAUUAUUCAGACAUGACAUGGUCCCCAUACGGGCCGUACUGGAGACAGGCCCGUAAAAUGUGUCAAGUGGUGCUGUUCAGCACCAAACGCCUCGACUCGUAUGAGUACAUACGAGUCGAGGAAACACAUUCCAUGCUGAAAAAAAUAUUUAAAUCCGUUGGAACGGAUAUUCGGUUGAAGGAUAUGUUAUCUACUUUGAGUUUGAACGUGAUUAGUAGGAUGGUGUUGGGGAAGAGCUAUUUGGACGAGUCGGAGAACUCGGUGGUGAGUCCGGACGAGUUUAAGAAGAUGUUGGAUGAGUUGUUUUUGUUGAAUGGUGUGUUUAACAUUGGCGAUUCGAUACCGUGGGUCGGUUUCAUGGAUUUGCAAGGGUAUGUGAAGAGGAUGAAGGUGGUGAGCAAGAAGUUUGAUCGGUUUCUUGAGCAUGUGUUGGAUGAGCAUAACGCGCGGCGGAUGGCGGCGGACGGGGAGAAGUUUGUGGCGAGGGACAUGGUGGAUUUGUUGUUGCAGCUUGCUGAUGAUCCAAAUCUUGAUGUUAAGCUUGAGAGACAUGGAGUUAAAGCUUUUACACAGGACUUGCUUGCUGGUGGAACUGAGAGCUCUACCAUGACUGUCGAAUGGGCGAUUUCCGAAAUCUUAAAGAAACCAGAGAUAUUCGAAAAGGCAACUAAAGAACUUGAUAGGGUCAUAGGCAAGAAUAGAUGGGUUCAAGAAAAAGACAUGCCUAAUCUACCUUACAUCAAGGCAAUUGCUAUAGAGACAAUGAGGUUGCACCCGGUGGCACCAAUGUUGACUCCAAGACGAACUCGUGAGGAUUGUAAAGUAGCCGGUUAUGACAUUACCGAAGGAACCCGCGUGUUUGUUAAUAUUUGGACAAUCAUGAGAGACCCUAAGUUGUGGGAUAACCCUGAAGUCUUUUGUCCAGAAAGAUUCAUUGGAAAAGAAGUUGAUAUCAAGGGUCAUGACUUUAAGUUGUUGCCAUUUGGCGCAGGACGAAGGAUGUGCCCCGGGUACAACCUAGGACUUAAAGUUGUCGAAGGAACAUUGGCAAACUUACUCCAUGGGUUUAACUGGAAACUGCCGAAUACGAUGACCGAAGAUGAUUUAAACAUGGAGGAGAUAUUUGGACUCUCAACUCCAAAGAAAAUUCCACUUAUCACCGUAGCUCAACCAAGGCUUCCACUUGAAAUGUACCAUUUCUAGUUUGUUUUAUUGUGUCCUUUCAUGACGCACGGUAUGGAUAACUUUUGACAAGUUAUAUAUGUUACAAUAAUAUAU